CUGGUUGCAGGAGCUUGCUUGCAGCCCGGCCCGCUUGCAGAACCCCCCAACCAACCCAACCUCUUGCCUUGUCUUUCGUUGACUGACCCAGGUGAAGCCCGUGACGCAACAUAGCGGCUCCCGUGCCCCCCCACUUGGUUUCAGUGGUCAACGCGACAUCUGUGCACUGCACCGCACUGCACGAAGCACCACCUCACUCCAUCGCGUCGCCUUGCAUUGACUGCGCAUUCGUUAUUACGUAGGCACGUCGUUACAAAUCUCGAGUUUUGCAACAAUGGCUAGCAAACGAACAAAGGCCCCCCCCACCGACGACGAGCUUGGCGAUCUGUUCGAGGGCAUCGGCGGCGACAAGGCCAUCAAGAAACCCACAAAAGCCAAACCAGCCACGGCCAAACCCAAAGCCGAUGCUGCUGAUCAAGAUAUCCUCGCCGAGCUCGAAAACCAACUCGGCGAGAAAGCCCCAGAGCGGCCGCACACUCCCCGCGUCCGAGAUGUCGCAAAACGAACGUCCACCAACACACCCCCUCCCGUCACCGACGCCGCACGCAAAUCCGCCGAGAGCACCGGGUCGCACCGUGCAAGCCUCACCCCGAGCGCUACGAGCUCCGAACCGCACGACAGCGAGAAGAGAGUACCCGCUCAGCAGGCACAAGCAGCAGGGGGUGGUGCGCCUGGCGGCGGUUGGUGGGGUGGCAUCUUGUCAACCGCAUCGGCUGCCAUGAAGCAGGCCGAGGCCGCCGUCAAGGAGAUCCAGCAGAACGAAGAGGCCAAGAAGUGGGCGGAUCAAGUCCGCGGCAACGUGGGAGCGUUGAGAGGUUUCAGCGACGAGAUCCGACACCGCGCCCUCCCGACCUUCACCAACAUCCUCCACACCCUCGCUCCCCCCAUCUCCUCCCACGAGCGCCUCCUCAUCCACAUCACCCACGACCUGGUCGGGUACCCGUCCCUCGACCCGCUCAUCUACGGCGUCUUCAACCGGGUCAUGGCGCAGGUGGAGGGCGGCGACCUGAUGGUGAUCCAGCGGGGGCAGGAAUUCACACUGCGCAGCCCGUCGGCCGCGGAGAAGCCGGCGGGGGCGGCGCUCUUCGGCGGCGGCGCGCAGCAGUCGGCGGCCGGCUGGCGCGACGGGCCGUGGUGGCGGCAGGCCGACAUCGCGCGCGACCUGGGCGUGGUGCAGGGCCUGGUGGAGGGCACCAAGCUGUGCCGGGCCAACGCCGAAGGGUACGCGGCCGACUACUUCGCCGCGCACGGCGGCGUCGCCGAGGCCAAGCAGCGCGCCGCCGAGCCCGUGAGCGAGUCCAACCCGGUCCGCAGCUCGGACAUCUUCCUGUCGGUGCAGGCCGUGAAUGUGCAGGCGGACAAGGCGCUGUUCGCCGGGUCGACGGCGGUGGAGAGGGAGAAGGAGACGUCGGUGGUGGCGGAGGAGGACGACGACGCCGAGGGCGAGGUGUGCUUCGCCGUCUACCUGUUGGACCCCGUGCACGAGAUCGAGUACGCCACCGUCAGCCAGCCCGUGCGGGCGCGGUGGAUCCGCUGGCUGGAUGCGCCCGCCACGCCGGUGACGCCGGCCAGCGGGGACGAGGAGUUCCAGGCCGAGUUUGGGCGGGUGCCCGACGAGAUCCGCGAGAUCAUCGAGAGCGGCGGCGUGGACCCCCGCGAGUGGGUGGCCGAGUGGGUGGAGGAAGCCCUGGGGCUUUCGGUGGGCAUCGUCGCGCAGAAAUACGUCGCGCGGCGCAUGGGCGUUGGUGAAGGUGGUAUUGGGAAGGGCAAGCAAAAGGUCGAGAGCGUCAUGGAGAAGGGCGGGAACGAGGCUGCCAGGGCUGGUUUGAUUUGAAGAGAGGGGCAAUCUGGAUGUUCAGCACGGGUAUGGAAUUACAGGGGCGGGAUGGUCUACCUGUAGAUCAACUAGUUGGAGUGUUAUUAGUGCGGAGGUGCUCUGGGACUUGACCUGGCGUUGGGGGGUUGGAAUGAGAACCUGAACAAUUCAAACCACUAGGUAUCAGUCUAAUG